GCCAGAAACACAGAUUAUUACCAAUUUUCUGUUUUUUCCUUUUUUUUUUCUGUUUAAAACAGUAACACUAUUGUUUUCCCAGAUUAUGAUUAUUUGGUAGAAUGAACAAAUAUUUUUGGCUUUUAUGCCAGGGUAAGACCUGGGAGGUUAUGUUUGCUGCAAAUCAUGCCAAAUCAUUACUGAUGUAACUUUGUUUGUCAUUCUCAUAGUAAGCCCAUUAUAUAAUAUGUUUAUGCAUUUCUUCAGACUGUUGCUCUUUGCUCUGGACACAUGGAGCUCAGCCUCCCACAGCCCAGUUUCUUUGCUUUUAAAAGGAGUUAACAGUCUUCAUGAGUUUUUGAUAAUGUUGUGAACUGUGGACUACACGUGUCUUUCUGACGUCAGCAACAAAGAGGGACCUAUUGGAGAAUCAGAGCCUAUCAAUUCUGUUAAUGAUCUCUUGCUCCCUUUAUAUGAGGACACUGGAAUGUAUGCUCUCUCAGUAGUUGGAUAGUGGUUCAACAGUGUGGGUGUAGCUGAGGCCACCGAGUCGUUUAGAGAUUUGAUCGCUCUCUGCCUUCAGAGGACCUUACUGAAGGGCAGUCAUGCGCCUGAUAGGGUCCACUGUCCUUUUCUCUGUCCUGCUGCAGGCUAUGUCUGCCCCGACAGAGGACUGGCAGAGGGCCACGUCUAUUUACGACUUCUCAGCAGCAGAUAUUGACGGCAAUGUGGUUUCCCUUGAAAAAUACAGAGGGGAUGUUGUCAUCAUCACCAAUGUUGCCUCUAAAUGAGGUAAAACCCCUGUAAACUACUCUCAGUUUGCGCAGAUGCACGCCAAGUAUGCUGAGAGAGGUUUACACAUCCUUGCCUUCCCCUCAAACCAGUUUGGGAACCAGGAGCCUGGCAAUGAAACUCAGAUCAAACAGUUUGCCCAGUCUUACAACGCUCAGUUUGACAUGUUCAGUAAGAUUGAUGUGAAUGGGGCCAAUGCUCACCCUCUGUGGAAGUGGCUGAAGGACCAGCCCAACGGGAGAGGCGUGUUUGGAAAUAGCAUCAAGUGGAAUUUUACUAAGUUUUUGAUCAAUAGAGAGGGACAGGUGGUGAAGCGAUACGGACCCCUGGACGAUCCAAGUGUGGUGGAGAAGGAUCUUCCCCGAUACCUUUAAACCUCUGACAAAUGACUGAUACCUCACUUACUGAUACUCCAUCCAUUUUGUCUUUCCAUCGCCCUUUUCUCUGCCUCUCCAUGCAUCAGUGAAUAUAGUUUGGAUCCACCCCAGACCAGUGACGGUCUGCUCAUAAACCCGUAUGGCGGAAAGGGCAGACCUGAUGAAAAUGGCGUGCAAACCUCCUGGGAGGAUUACCAAGCUUAUAUUCAUUAGUAUCUGUGGAGAGAAGGAGAAGGGAUCCAUUAAUCCAUCAUUUAUACUUGUCAUAGAUUAAUGUGUGGCAUUAUUUUCAAAAUAAACUGCACUACGAUUUUCUUCAUAUUA